AUGGAAUAUGCGACUGAUGUCUUAAGAAGUUUAUUACUUAGACUAAUUGAUAAAUCAGUUAUGUCAAAGCAUCCACAUCUAAUGCUACGAAGAACUGAAUCUGUUGUUGAAAAAAUGUUAACCAAUUGGAUGGCACUCAACAUGUAUAAGUAUCUUAAAGAUUAUGCAGGGUCUUCUUUGUUUUUACUUUAUAAAGCCAUUAAACAUCAAGUAGAAAAAGGUCCAGUUGAUGCAUUGACAUAUGAUGCUAGAUAUAGUUUAUCAGAAGACCGUUUACUUCGAGAACAAAUUGAUCAUCGUGUUGUUAAUUUAUAUGUUAUGCAAGAUGAAUUAGAUGAUAAAGUGCAAUGUAAAGUCUUAGAUUGUGAUACCAUUAGUCAAGUUAAAUCUAAAAUUCUUGAUGCUGUUUAUAAAAAUACAGCAUUUUCUCUUAGACCAUCUGUUUAUGGUGUGGAUUUAGCAGCCAAUGAAACCCUUCCGCCAGCUGUUAAGUGGUUGUUUGAUUUGUUUGAUGAUGCUGCAAAAAAAUACAAUAUAAUUGAUCCAGAAGUUGUUCAUUCUUGGAAGUCCAACAGUCUUCCAUUGAGGUUUUGGGUGAAUUUCAUCAAAAAUCCAGAUUUCAUAUUUGAUAUUGACAAAACUCCUACAGUAGACUCUUGUUUGUCAGUUAUUGCUCAAACAUUUAUGGAUUCAUGUUCAACUUCUGAUCAUAGAUUAGGCAAAGAUUCACCAUCAAAUAAACUUCUGUUUGCAAAAGAUAUACCACAGUACAGAGAGACUGUAUUAAGAUUUUAUAGCGACAUUCAAAAAUUACCUCAAAUAACUGAUCAAGAACUAAGCACAACUAUGCAACAGUUAUCUGUUUCACAUUUUGGCCAAUUCCACAUAGUUUCUGCUUUGAAAGAACUGUAUAUUUAUGCUUCUAAAUAUAAUGAUGCAAUUUUGGAUUCAUUAGAGAUGGAUCCUUAUUGUCAAAAAAUUAAUCUCAGUCAUAAAUUAAAUAAAGUGGCUGGGACACUUGAAGGUGAUGAAGCGGCCAUAUGCUGA